AUGGUUGUUUGGGAGAAUUUUGGACGUGUGUUUGCGCUUAGAGAUGAACCUGAAGUAUGUAUAGUUUGGCUGCAAAACUGUGACUCACGUGGACUUGCAAUGGCACGUGCUUUCGGAGACUUUUGUCUGAAAAACUUUGGUCAAAUCUCUGUGCCUAAUGUACCAUUCCGUAGAUUAACAGAAAAAGAUGAGUUUAUAGUGUUGGCUACAGAUGGGUUGAGUCUGAGGUUAGAGCUUGGAGAUACAAAAUACCCGACCUCCAAAGUAGAUGACUGUGCUGCGGUUUGCUUGUAUCUACACUCCAACACCACAAACGCCGUAUCUACAGCGUCUGAGAAUGAUGAUGCAUCAGGACUAGGCGGUCUAGGCCGUUCAAGUACUGUCAGGACCGGGAAAGAGGCUGUUCUGGACGAAAGUGAAGCUGAAAAGGCUGUUAAAAGAAGAGGAAACAGAACAUGGAAACAGAGUAUUCUGCACUAG